UCUGCUGGCUUUAUCUCAGUAUGUUUCUGUGCACAUACAAGCCAACAUGAGAGGCCUCACAGGGUUCCAAUUUAAACCUCAGAUGCUAUAGAUUGUUCAGGUUUUGUCACAUAAGACUCAAUAGCUCGUUGUGUUUUCCAUUAUGUUAUUAGGCCAUUCUAGUGAAUUCAGACUCAGUCCCACAAACAGCAUCCUGCUAUCAGAAAUACUCACUGCUGUCUGUUCGUACAUUGACUACUUGUUUCAGGGAGCUACUGAGUCUUUUUAAAACGAUGAAGCUGAAGAGUUUUUUUUUUAUAGAUUUGAUUUCAUAGAGGACACCAAAAAUCUGACAGUGUUUCACCACUUGCUCUAAUAUGCUCCAAUUCAUAUACAAACUACCAUGAUACAGCGUCAGAGUUCCCAGUAAAACCAUAGGUGCAGCAGAUUGCUCAGGGUUCGUAAUGGUUUCCAUUACAGUUUGAGUGGAUCUUAUGAUUUCCAACGCAGGCUGCAACCAAACUGUUUCAGGAAGUGCGCUUUCCACUGGCUUCCACUUUGAGCUCAGUGCGUUCCAUUUGGUUGCAUGCAAAUACGGGCUUCUGUCAGAGACCCUAAGACUCCCAGUAUAACCAGUAAACCCUCUAACUCCUAUAAAGCCAUUGUGUGGUGUGAAUGUCAAGAGUGAGCUGAUGAUCUGCUUGAUAUGCAUGAGUGGGAGACCCCUCACCCACUUCUAUGAAGUUUGGUGAUUUAAAGGAAACUGCACAACCACAGUUUUCACACCUAGAUCAUUGCUGCAUGACACACUCUCUCUCCCCAGUGUGUUUCUAUGUCUCUUGGCCACCUUGUCUCACUCGCUCUCAGAGAUAUAAAUAAAAGGUUUCAUGACAAGUGUAACAGUUAGAGCCAACUUCAGGGCGAGAGGCAUACGACACUUAGAUCAACGGUCAGACCGGAUCUUUCCUCGGCCGGUCUUUGUCUUCAGUGUCGCUCCGACAGGGAUUGAAACCAGGCCCGGACAGACUUGGGAAUCAAACCGACGACUCAAGUGGACGGAGGUGUAACAUUAACAGGUGGUGAUAUGAAAGUUGCAACAGCAAGGGCAGUGGUCUGUCUGUCCCUCUGGCUAUGUGUGUGCCAGGUCAGAGGCUUCCACCUCCCUAAGGAGAUGAACAAAACCAUCCAGAACCUCCUGCAGCACUAUAACAUUCCACAUAGAGAGAGAUAUAAUGGGAAACCCGUCUUCUCCAGAGAACCACUGAAGGAAACGUUGGAGAUGAAGAGGGUGUUUAUGGGUGGCGUUUUGGAGACGUACGAGAAGCUGCUCAGCCACAUGUUGAAAAAUCUGCCCACCCCAAGUCCUCAGACAACCGGGAGCAGAGAGCUUCCUGUCACCGCCACCCCUGGCACUGCUGGGUCUGAAGAUGUCAAGGCACAGCUGAGAUACAUCCUGAAGAGGGUGCAGGACCUGAGGAAAUAUAGUUACCAGGACCAGGAGAAGCUUCUGCAGGGACUGCAUUCCCUCAGACACAUCCAGAUGGAUAACCAUGUUGUCCAGAGCAAAGCACUGUGGGAGCUGCCGUGGUUGUAUGAGGAGGCGAGCUCGUUGUCUGACAUGCAAAUGAGAAGGAGGCGGCGACGGCGCCGGCAAGCACGGAAGGUCAAAAUUCACCCAAGCGCCUAAAACACGAGAAGGCACAGCAACCACAUCAGAAAUGACAGUGAUAAAUAUAUAAUAACAGUACAACAUGGAUGCAGCGUAUUUAUUGGCACAUUUAAAAUAGAUUUAAAAACUAACAUUAUCCAUUAUACCUAUUCUACAUUUUUUCUGUUUUAGGGAAUAUUGGAGAUUAUUUCAUAGAUAUUUAUUAAUUAAGAUUACCGCAGCCUAAGCCUAAUUCACAUUGUAGUUUUAUAAGAUUUAGGUUUUUAUAAGGAAGUUUGGUGCACAGAACUUGAAAGCAGGUUUGAUCCUGUGAAAUGUUUUUUACUGCAGCAUCGAGAUAGAUGUUAACUUUUGUAUGCAACAUAUUUUCACUCACUUUUUCAGCCAAUAUUUAUUUUAAAAUGUUUUUAAAUACACACAAAAAACUGCAGAUGAUUUAGUGUUCAGAAAAGCAACUAGAGAGAAAAUGACAAUAUAUAAUUUCCAAUGACUCAGGUUUGAGAUUAAGUUCAUUAUAAUUAUUUUACAAUAAAUGAUAUGAUAUGAUAUUGCAUUGUAUUUUUUUUUAAUAAAAUACAAAAUUAAUCAAGAAAAAAUAAAAGACUGCUAAAAGCCAAUAACUGACAAUUUUUGUAGUGAAACUACUUCCUGAUGCACUCUGAUUGGACAGUGGUAGUGUCGGACUAAUAGGAGAGUCCUGAUUGGUUAAAAAAGCACAUGUUGCACAUGUGAACUAUGACAUAUAUGAAAUUUCACGUGAAAUAUUUUUUUUAAAAAGCAAUAGAAGUGGAAAUAGUGUUUUUUAUUUUACUGCAAAGUUCUCUGGGACUUGUAGUUGAUUUCUUUCUGACAGUUGAACACAGUGUUGAAGCUUUUGCCUUUUUAUAAACGAAGCAAAUAUUUUUUUGGUCAAGUGGUAAAAAUAAGCAGGACUGUUUGGACAGGAGGCCUUUGCCACUGUCUCCACUGUACUGCCCAAGAAAACUUAUGGUGAUGAUGUUUACAGUACAAAGUACACCAGAGUCUAAUACUGUUGUACUUAAAUGUACUACAAGUCCUCUAAACAUUCAGGUCCAGCACUGAAGUACUUCACUGCAGUACAGGUACUCUGCAGCUGUAGUAGAAGUACUACAUGGUUCAGGGAUUUUUGUAUUUUACUGAUGUUAUAGUUUUCUGUAUUUAUUUUUGUAUUUAAAGUGUUUAUUUAAUACUGAAUCAUAUUGUUGUGACUGUUUAUUAUUUAUUAUGUAUUUAUUGAUUGGCACAUGC